AAAUUACAAGCACAUGUUCGGCGUCCUUUUUAUUUAAGUACAGGGCGUUUCAGUAAACCAUCUCCGAUUUCCGCCCUGAAGAUAACACAGAAUUAUCAAUCAUCUCCAGAUCCAAUUCCCUCGCAUCAAUCAAUCAACAAGAACAACCGCUGCCGUCCUUGCUACCAAACUCAAACGCUAAUCCUAGUACGUCACGAAAAUUGAAUAGUGUGUGUGCUUUUUAAUUUUAUGCGCUUUUCAACGUACUAGCCCGCAACAAUGUGUUGCACAGUGUGUUUUGCUCCGUGUUAUUCAAAUGUUUGGCUAUAGUCACGUUUCUUGUCGCCACGAUCGUAGUAGGUAAAGAAAUUCAUUCACAGCGACGAAUUUCAAGAAUUUUAAGUGGAAGGAGGGCAGUAAAUGUGCUCAAAGGCACUUAUUUUAAACAAGGGUCAGAGGGUGGUUCAGUGACUUUGAUUUUUCGAAUGGUUUUGUUUGUUAGUGACCGUGCGAGCUCGCGGGGUGAGUAGUGCUGUGAAAUUUGUGCCAAAGAGGGUGUAAACAUUAUAAAUAGUUGUGAUUAGUGUGUUUAAUGACUGUUUAUGUUGGAUUUUAAAGGAAUUUUGAACACUUUAAAAGCAAAAACUUAUUACAUAAGCUAACACCAGUUUUUACACUAGAAGGAGACGUAACUGUGAUAGUAAUGGGAAAUGGGAAAAGGACCUAGCAAGCUAAAGAAAAAAUCCAGUAUUCAGAAUAUCACCUGGAGCAAAUUCGGUUCCUUACCGCUCCGCUCCAGUAAGUCUAGAUUGAAAAAAGAAAAUCCUUUCCUACCCGCUAAAAAGCACAAAGAUGUUUCCGUCUGGUUGCGAGACCUCGAGCUGGAAGAGUAUCAGGAGCUCUUCCAGAAUUACCAAGGAGUGGAGGAUCUGCUGGAGAUGUCUGAGCAGGAUAUCAAGGAGUUGGGAGUAAAGAAAUCGUCGCAUAGGGCCAGGAUCAUUAGUAGUCUCACGUGUCUACGAGCCAAGUAUCACGAAACUAUUCGAGUUCCUCCAAUUCGACAUAGCGUAGCUGUGGACCAUGUUAACAAGAUUCAUAGAGAGGAUACACUAACCGACUUAAGGGUAGUGAGCGAGGCGGUACAAAGCAAGAGUUUAAACAACUUAAUCAUGGAACCCAUGGCCGACCCGAGCAUGAAUGCGGCCGAUCUCCGCAAGACCCUGGAAUGGGAACUUUCUCUGGACAGUAGGGACCUCAGAUCGCACGCAUGGUACCACGGAGCAAUUCCAAGACUACGAGCCGAAGAAAUCGUACGGGAAGAAGGAGAAUUUUUGAUCAGAGAUUGUACCUCGCAACCUGGCAACUACGUACUUAGCUGCAGAACGAAAAUGCAGGCGCUCCAUUUCGUCAUCAACAAGCAAAUUCUGCAGCGUGAUACGGUGUACGAACGGGUGCAGUACCAAUUCGAAGACGAAGCCUUCGACACCGUUCCAGAUCUAAUAACUUUCUAUGUAGGCUCGGGGAAACCCAUAACAGUGGCGUCCGGAGCAAGGAUUCAGAUUCCAAGGAACCGAAUGUACCCCCUCUCGUUUUACGCAUCAAAAUAUCCAACGCCACUGCUGCAAAGUAGACUUACUUCACCAGCUAGCACACCGGUAGGUCAUCAAUAUCGGCAUAGUCCUCUACAGCCCUAUAGGCCUAGCAAUUCGCCUACUAGACCUUCCAGAGACGGGGCUCCAAGACUGCCUUCCAAGAAACAAAGAAGUCAGUCUUUGACGCCCUCUGAGGUAAACAGGAUUUCACAAGAAAAAUGUAACAGCGCCGACGGAGUAAUUCAAUCACCACUAAUGACGCGAUCAGCAGGAGCAGACACCAUCAACCACAACCACCGUUUCUCUUCACAUUCCCUUCCCCGAAACCCCCACAACAAACUCUCGCUUUCUUGUAGUGCUAAUACCCUCGGAAGAGACUGUCGGAACCGAAUGAACAGUGACAAUACCCUCUCACCAUGUUCGGAAAGGCGGUUCAUCUCCGGUAACGACCUAGGACUCGCCGAUUCACCCCCACCCAAACCCUCAAGAGUUCCUUGUCUAGUGCGAACCGAAUCAAAAGAUUCCGAUGUGACCGAGGGUCGGUAUAGUAUCGAUGGUAUCACCCAUGGAGGUCUCCAAAGGGUGACCUCUUACCACGCGUCCGGCUCUGAUUCAGGGAACGGUUCCGGUGAUUCCGCGAUGAGUUCCGUUACAGAUACCGGCGAAGUUCCUAAAUCGGGAGGUGUAGUCAUCAAAAACCCGAGGUAUAACAUGUCCACUUCCGAAUCUUCCACUACUCUUAAGAAUUUCGAAAUCGACUGGAUGGCAGCUGAGGAGAAGCUCUCCCAAAUUGAACUCCCAGAGUGUGAUCUAUCUUCUAGGUUCGAUUUAGAAAACUUCCAAACUCUCUUACUUCCUGUACAUGAAAAUAAACCUCUGGAUGCGCAAGCGCUGAGGAGGAUCAAGAUGACGUUGUUCGAGUCGGGUCCGAGGAUAUUGGCCAAUCACUUAACGAGGACUGAUUUAGACUUAAUUUUCGGGACAAGAGGCGAGGACGGCGUGAAAUCUAAGUUAACUUUAGGGUUGAAUUUAUGCGCCUUACCACAUGGGCACCAAUUUAGAAUGGAUCUUAUAGAAAGGACUGAAUGUUUAAAACUACUAGUAGCUGUAACGAUCUUAACAUGCGCUGAUGAAUCAGAGAGGACCGACACGUUGAACAAAUGGAUAGAAGUGGCGAUAGAUACAAAAACGGCGCUAGGGAACCUUUUUGGGUUCUGUGGCAUUAUGUUGGGAUUAUGUCUACCGCAGAUAGAGAAAUUGAACACCACGUGGCACAUGCUGCGACAAAAAUACACCGACUCUGCCUUCAACUUCGAAGCAAAACUCCGCCCAAUGUUAAAAAAUAUGAACAGUUGCUCAAAUCCUCAAGCACCAAAUACAACAAUACCGCACUUGUUACCCCUGAUCCUCCUCUUAGAACGUAAUUUAAACGACUUUUUAACAAUCAACGACCAAAAUCAAUUAGUUCAAACUAGUUUAGGCUUUUGGGAAUGGAACACGCAGGAUUUCGGCAUCGGCACGCUCCUCAACCACAUGGAGCAGGCCAGGAAGUACCUCGAAAUGUGCUCCGCAUAUCAAAGGAACGCCGAGAUAGUCUUGGGGGAGGCCAGAACCGACGAGCUCACGAUAGACAUCUUCCGGACGGAGUUCCAGUUGAAGUUUCUUUGGGGUUCGCGGGGGGCCUUCGCCAACGCUAACGAGAGGCACACCAAGUUCGAGCAGGUGUUGACUGUAAUGGCGGAGAAGUAUUGUAACUUGAAAAGUGAUAGUGAAGUGUAGUAUCAAUGUGAUCAUUUAGUUGUAGGCAUUUAAUAAAAAACAUGCGAAAGCGUUGAAUCUUCUAAGCUAAUAAAAUGAGUCUCUUGUAAACACCAAGGCUGAUCUCGAGUGAUUUUCGAAUUAUGUGAUCAUUUUAUCAAAACACGUUAUAAUUUUAUAUCCAUCUAGUGAGUGUAUAACGCUAUUGUGAUAUUAGCAAUAAAAUUAUAAUAGAUUAA